UGGGCUUGGAAAGGGAUGCUGUCUGGGAGGCGGACACAGGCUUUGCGGCUUCGCCCCGGGAGGGAGCAAAGGGAGGUUUCACCGCGGCCGCAGGCGCCCGGAACUCAAAGCCAGGGUCUCGGUUUCCGCCCGGAACGCGGCUCCCGCCGCUUCCUUCCGGAAGUUGCGCUCGCUGCCCAGAAAGAGUUCAGAGAGCGCUGUGCUCAGUGCGAUGCGGUGUCUUGGGGUCUGACUGAUGAAGGCAAAUACUAUUGUACUUCCUGCCACAACGUUACAGAAAGAUCUAAGGACGUUUUAAACAGCGAGGCGAUUCCUAAUACUAAAAUACAAGCUAUCAACCGCGGGCUUAAAAAGAGAAAUAAACUUGAGAAAGGCUGGGACUGGUACGUGUGCGAAGGCUUUCAGCACGUCCUGUGUCAGCAAGCAGAGGCCUUGAAGGCCCUGGGGGUCGGCCCAGAGUUAAAGAAUCAAGUUCUGCAUAAUUUUUGGAAGCGCUACCUGCAGAAGAGCAAGCAGGCGUAUUGCGAAAACCCAGUUCAUGCCAGAAAGAGGAAAGCCUCGGUCCUGGGCAGUCCGAGUCACGCGGACUGGGAGAGCGAGCCCGCGCUGCUGAGUGACGCCAGCGGCCCUUUUGUUGAAAGUGACGGCCCCCGGAAGCCUUCCCCCCCAAGCAGAGCAUCCCACUCAGAAAUGGCCUCCAUCUGCUCCGGGUCUCUUGAUGGAGUCGAGUACUCUCUGCGCAAGGAGAAGGGACUCGUGAAGAUGGCCAUGCCCACGACCCUCGCUCUCUGCGGCCUGUCGUUGCUGUGGCAGCGGGAGGCACUCGCCCUCUCCGACCUCCUGCGCUUUGUUGAAGAGGGCCAUAUUCCUUAUGUAAAUGCUUUUGAGCGUUUUCCAGAAGAGAUGAAAUUGUAUGGGCGUGACAAAGGAAUCUUUGCUAUAGAGUCGUGGCCCAGCUACGAGGACGUCUACAGGCAGAUGAUUGACGUCGCCACCUUCCUGGACCUGCCUCGCUUCCCGGCCAUCACGGAGGACUGCUACCUCCACCCGAACAUCCUGUGUCGGAAGUACCUGAUGGAAGUCAACCUUCCCGACGAAAUGUACGAUUUCACCUGCCAGGUGGUGAAGAUGGCUGGCAUUGGAGAGGUGGACUUCCUGACAUUCGACCCCAUAGCCAGGAAGGGAAGGACUGUGAAGUACGACGUGCAGGCAGUGGCCGUCAUUGUGACAGUGUUGAAGCUGCUCUUCUUGUUGGAUGACAACGUAGAAUGGUCUUUGUCUGCUAUUGCUGAGACAUACAAUGAAGAGAACAAAGAAGAUAAGCCAUGUUUUGAUUUCAGAAAAUGGUACCAAGUUAUGAAGAAGUCUUUUGAUGAGAAAAAACAAAAAUGGGAGGAAGCCAGGGCAAAGUUUGUGUGGAAAAGCAAGAAGCCACUCUACCACUCACCCAUCGACAGAUCAGUGGUGUAUAAGCGAAGGGAGAUGGUGGUGAAUCUACAAAAACAGUUUAGCACACUGGUUGACUCAAUACCAACUGCUCCAAAAAACAGCCCUUCAAGUUUUCAGUUCAACUGGACUGAAGAAGUCACCGGAGGAACCUGUUUCCAUGGACACAGCCUCCAGGGCAUCCUGUACAAGAAAGGCCAGUCAGUGACGACCAUGAACUCACUCUACUGGCUCAGUACACAGAAAUUCUGUAAAAGCUACUGUAAACAUGUGACAACCUAUGAAGAAUCCAAUUUCUCACUGACUUACCAGUUUAUAAUCAAUCUCUUCUCCUUCCUGCUAAGAAUAAAGACCUACUCCCUCCACGAAGAAGUGAGCUUAAUUGAAAAGAGACUUUUUAAAAAAAAAUACAGUACAGCAAAAACAAAAUCUUCAAGAUCCAGGAAAGUGAGAAAAUGAGAAAAAUAAAAUAGAAACUUCCUAGGGAAAAUAUUUUAAUAGUGACAAUAAUGUCAAAUUGUAAUGUAACAUUCCAGAGAAGUGUGGAAAAUAGAAUUUUUUUGGCCUAUAUAUCCAUACAUAGAUAUGCAUACCUAUAGUACAUCUAUGUGUCGAUUGUGCUUAUGAAGUGUAUAUAAAUGAGCUUUAAGUUUAUUUUUUUAAUUAAAAAUAUUUUUGAGAAAAUUAAAAAGCAAUGUUACAUAAAUGGUAUCCAGAUAUUUCUAUUCAUUGUAUUUGAGAGCUAAAUUUGCUUUUUAAGCUAGAUCACUUCCUUACUCUCUAUGUCCCAAAGGAAAUCCCAGAUGGAUCAAAGGUCACAACAUUCUCAUCAUUUAUAAGUAUUAGGAGAAAACAAGUCCAAAGGCUUUGGUGAUCUUGGGACAGUGAAGGACUUUCUAAGCCUGAAAACCAGAGGCAGAAGGCAAGAUUGAUCAUGUGACUACAGUCACAGGCAAGUGGGAAACUGGGAAGAGAAAUUGGUAGCGUUUGAAGGAAUGAUUUCCUGAAUGGAUCAAUAAUCCUUUUAAAGCACUAGCGGUGUGACAGGCUGAGCAGGAGAUAGGAAAAGAUCGCCUUUUGAAAAAAGGUAACAGGAAGCCCAGCCUCUCGCCUGCUCCAGAGACACGCUACCUGACGGCCAUGUCCUUCCAGGGCGGCUCAGGCGUACUCGCCACUAGACUUGCGAUCUUUGCUGACUUGGGUGGAAUCUCUUUUAUGAACGAAUCUCAUCUAUCUUUUUAAAUUGAAUUCCAUGCCACUGCAGUGAAACCUAACUUUACCGCUGCGGUGAGAUUGCACAUGGUCUCAGACCCAGUAAGUAUUGUAAGAGCGCGAAGGCAGAGGCUUCUGGGGCUGCGAACAGAAGGCAGAGAUCCUUCGAGGGGAAGAGAGUCUUUACAUGUUUCAGGUCUCUCAGUGGUUCGUCUCAGCUCAGAGCCAUGCAAAUAUAGCAGAUAUGUGCAGGUAUGUGCAGAAGUCGAGUUAAAUGUCAUCGUUUUAGUGGGCUUAGCAUCAAAUUUGG